AUGGAUUGGGUCCCAACGUUACAGUACACGAUCAACUGCCGUGCUGGAAUCAACACCAGCCUCCUCUUCUUCCUCUUCUUCUCCUUCUUCUCCCUCCAAGGUAUAUUAGUACUAGUAGCAUCUGCACAUGCCAUCAAUGCCAUGUCCGCCGCGCUGCUACCGGCGGUCUGCGCAUGUACCACGGACCCGGAAGCACUGCCAGCGAAGCCGUGGCGGGGCUGUACCGGAUACCCCAUCGCCAUGUUUCGCACAGGCGGGCCGGCCAUGCCCUGCCAGUCAAGUCAGCCAGCCAUUUGCAUUGUCAGAGGCGAGCAUGGGAUGCAUAGCUCCAUGCAAUCAGCGGCGCAGUUUAGGGACAUGGAAGUUAACGCACGAGACCCUCGGCCAGCUGCUAAGAAAAGAAACAUUCGCUCCGGAGCGCUGAAGAUGAUCGGCCUUAAGCGCCCACCUCCAGACUCAGACAAUGGCAAGACGAGAGCAGAAGUCACCAGGCGCCCGACGGUGGCGUGUUUUGUUUGCUGUUUGUUGAUGUGUUUGCUGUCCGGCGUAUGCGCGCGCGUGUGUGGGCGAUAUGCUCAGAUGUAUACGGACCCGUCGAUAUGCCCGCAGCCAGCCGCAGCUCGGUACAGCACCACAACCACAGCAGCAGCCUCCGGGGCGUUUAGUGACAUGUGCAGCGCGCUGAAGCCACCGGCCUCUAGCGAGCAGCUGUCUGCACUCGGCUGGUGCUAUGUGCUCUAUCCCAAGCUCCGUACAGGCCGCCACCAUCCAGAUGAGGCAUCCGUCAAAAUCAGUCGGGGAACAUGCCGUCCACGUGUUGCCGCGCUCACAUUGGGCGCCUGGAAUCCCGGUGUGAUGAGCUCUGCUUUGUGGCCUCUGGAUGCAGCUGCAGCUGCAGCUUCUCAAGCACGCAUGCAGCCCGUCCAGCCGCCUCUCGUCUCCCCGCCCGCUUCUCAUACCCGGUCAUGCGAGAUCCAGAUUUCCCAUCUGCGCCAGCGGUUCUCUGCGCUUUGCGGUGGCUGCCAACCCCCCGUCUGGCCCCAAUCGACCCCCCCUUCGGCCGGCCUCGCUCACGACCGUUUCCCUCCCCAAUUCUCCUCUUUCUGCCCCUCCGAGGCUGGGGCGCCAGCAAAGCACCGCCAGAAUCACCAAAAAGGUCACAGACAAGUCAGCGGCAAGAGGGUCGAUCUGGGGGCGAUUGGGAAGCGAGACGCCAGCACUGACACCAGCAUCAUCAGACAGAACCCGGCAAAAGAGACAAGUGACCAUGCUGAGGUGGGCUUAGGCUUGGGCUGGCACAGAAUUCAAAGUCCUACACGUGAGGGCCAAAAAUGGUCAGAGGGCCAUUCUGACGUGGUGCGAAUGCAACGAGAAAGCGUUUUGCUGGCGAUCCCUGCCGCUGCCAGUCCCUUUCGGCGAGGCAUCGCAUCACGGCUCGCCUUUGGCCCAAUCGAACCAGCCACACCGUUCACUGCCGGCCACUCGAUUCUGUUCUUCUCUUGUGAUUUGCUCAAAAUUCUCGCCGUCUCAUCUACCAGUACAAGUACAACCAACUAUUGCUACAGCGCUUGCAAAGUACAUCUACCCGCCUGCAAGUGCUCGGAUGCAAUACUGUACGCUGCGACCCAUCGCCCACCGCCUUGUGGAAAAGCAAAUAGUAUGGACCAGGAGGUGGUCAUGGCGACGGCUGCGGCCGAGUCAAGCAAAGCAGUCAUCCACAGCAAGCAGAAUCUUGAGCCCCGGGCAAAUCGGGGGGGGGAUUUCGGGGACAGCAGCGGGAGGCUCCUCCGCCUCGCCUCGAACUCUGGGCGCUGGGGCCAAACAAGUGGCAAGGACAUAGCCUGCCCUAUGCCGAAUCAAGACCUAGCGUCACGCUCUGGAUGCGAAAGGCCUCUUACCCGGAUGCACCUUUGCCAGACCGGUGUGUUUUGCAAGUACUACGAGUACUACGAGUACAAGUACUGUAUCCCGCCAUUUGGUACGUUUUGCCUCGCUUGUCUUGGGGGCUCAAGUUUGGCAACUUCUUCAGCCUCCUUUAUUCCCAACCCUGCUCUUGCCGGCUGCGCCGACUUAUUUUUUCUUCGCCUCCCCUAUGCACAGCUGUUUCAGAUCAGCCUAGGGUCGGCAGUUCAUCUGGCGGCUUCCCAAGGGCUGGACCAGACAAAGACGAUGCUAUUCCCUUCCGCGGCCAACGUUGCAUUUUCCCAGAGCCAGAAAAAGGAGACGCGACAGGAAUCAUGUCAUUGUCGGACGAGUACUCGAUAUGCCCGCACUGCUAGUUUUCAGCCCCUUGAAUACACAGCAGCCAACGCAUUUGAGCGGGAGAUGUCGCCGUCUCCCAACAUGGUGCCUCAAUGA